AUGGGGCGAGCCGGCGCUGCGGCCAACGGCAACCCGCAAAACGUCCAGGGCAUCACCUCCUACCAACAACGAAUAACUGUCCAGCAUCCUCUGCCCAACCAAUCAGAAUGUAGGAAAAUCUACCGAUAUGACGGAAUCUACUGUGAAUCUACCUACCAGAAUUUACAAGCUUUGAGGAAGGAAAAGUCCCGAGAUGCUGCUCGCUCUCGCCGGGGAAAGGAGAAUUUCGAAUUCUAUGAGUUGGCAAAGUUGUUGCCACUGCCUGCAGCCAUUACCAGCCAGCUUGACAAGGCAUCCAUCAUCCGACUUACAAUUAGCUAUCUGAAAAUGAGGGACUUUGCUAAUCAAGGUGAUCCUCCAUGGAACUUGAGGAUGGAAGGACCUCCACCUAAUACAUCUGUAAAAGGUGCCCAGCGCAGGAGAAGUCCCAGUGCCCUUGCCAUUGAAGUGUUUGAAUCACAUUUGGGAAGUCAUAUUUUACAGUCCCUGGAUGGAUUUGUAUUUGCACUAAAUCAAGAAGGAAAAUUUUUGUACAUUUCAGAAACUGUCUCCAUCUAUUUAGGCCUGUCCCAAGUGGAACUGACAGGCAGCAGUGUGUUUGACUACGUCCACCCAGGAGACCAUGUGGAGAUGGCAGAGCAGCUGGGCAUGAAGCUUCCCCCGGGGCGAGGCCUUCUCUCGCAGGGUACAGCAGAGGAUGGAGCCAGCUCAGCAUCCUCAUCUUCCCAGUCCGAGACCCCUGAGCCAGUGGAAUCUACAAGCCCCAGUUUACUAACCACUGACAACACUCUAGAGCGCUCCUUUUUCAUCCGAAUGAAAUCUACACUGACCAAGCGAGGAGUGCACAUCAAAUCGUCAGGAUACAAGGUGAUUCAUAUAACAGGCCGGUUACGUCUGAGAGUGUCACUGUCCCACGGACGGACAGUACCCAGCCAAAUCAUGGGACUUGUUGUCGUUGCUCAUGCUUUGCCACCUCCUACAAUUAAUGAAGUCAGGAUUGACUGCCACAUGUUUGUCACUCGUGUGAAUAUGGACCUCAAUAUCAUUUACUGUGAAAAUAGGAUUAGUGAUUACAUGGAUCUGACCCCUGUAGAUAUCGUAGGAAAGAGAUGUUACCACUUCAUUCAUGCUGAGGAUGUGGAAGGCAUCAGACAUAGUCACUUAGACUUGCUGAAUAAGGGUCAAUGUGUAACAAAGUAUUACCGUUGGAUGCAGAAGAAUGGAGGUUAUAUCUGGAUACAGUCUAGUGCAACCAUAGCUGUCAAUGCCAAGAACGCGAGUGAGAAGAAUAUCAUCUGGGUCAAUUACCUUCUUAGUAACCCAGAGUACAAGGACACUCCAAUGGAUAUUGCACAACUUCCUCAUCUGCCAGAGAAAACCUCAGAAUCCUCAGAGACCUCUGAUUCUGAAUCAGACUCAAAAGACAACUCAGGUAAAACACAUGAGGACAAUGAGAACUCAAAGUCAGAUGAGAAAGGAAACCAGUCAGAAAACAGUGAAGACCCUGAAUCCGACAGGAAGAAGUCAGGGAAUCAGUCAGAUAACGAAAUGAACUGUAACGAUGAUGGGAACAGCUCCAGCAACCAGGACAGCAGGGACAGUGAUGACAGCUUUGAAAACUCUGACUUUGAGAAUCAAAAGGCCCCUGAGGACAGUUUUGGCACUCUUGGCUCUAUGCAGAUCAAGGUGGAGCGCUAUGUUGAGAGUGAGUCAGACUUGCGGUUGCAGAACUGUGAAUCACUGACCUCGGACAGUGCCAAGGACUCAGACAGUGCAGGGGAAGUAAAUGCCCAGUCUUCCAGCAAACAUCAAAAGAGGAAGAAGAGGAGAAAAAAGCAAAAGGGAGGCAGCAUGACCAGGAGAAGGCUGUCAAGCACCUCAAGUCCAAAUGGACUUGACUCAGCUUUGGUGGACCAGCCCCAGCUGCUCUCGUCGCCAAACAGUGCCUCAGUGCUCAAAAUUAAAACAGAAAUCUCAGAACCUAUCAAUUUUGAUAACGAUAGCAGUAUUUGGAAUUACCCACCCAACAGGGAAAUCUCAAGGAAUGAAUCACCCUACAGUAUGACCAAGCCCCCCAGCUCCGAGCACUUCCCUUCGCCCCAAGCCAGCAGUAGUUUACAUGUCUCCAUUCCAGACUCUGUUCUCACCCCACCAGGGACUGAAAAUACUGCCAGCCGUAAAACUCAGUUCAGCACCUCAUCCAGCUCGGCCUUGGCUCCUGUGUCCUCUGACCCUUUGUCACCCCCACUUUCAGCAUCUCCGCGGGACAAACAUCCAGGAGGUCCCACAACUUCCAAUUCUUUGUUGUACACUGGGGACCUGGAAGCCCUUCAGAGGUUACAAGCAGGCAACGUGGUGCUUCCUUUGGUUCACAGGGUAACAGGAACCCUUGCUGCGACCAGCACUGCUGCUCAGAGGGUCUACACCACUGGCACUAUUCGGUAUGCUCCAGCUGAAGUUACUUUAGCCAUGCAGGGCAACCUCCUCCCCAACACCCAUGCUGUUAACUUCGUUGAUGUUAACAGCCCCAGCUUUGGGCUGGAUCCUAAAACACCGAUGGAAAUGCUCUACCACCAUGUUCACCGACUCAAUAUGUCGGGACCGUUUGGAAGUGCUGUGAGCGGGGCCAGUCUGACCCAAAUGCCUGCAGGGAAUGUGUUCACAACUGCCGAAGGACUGUUUUCCACUCUUCCAUUUCCUGUGUACAGCAAUGGCAUUCACACUACACAGACUCUGGAACGGAAAGAGGAUUGA